AGAUUGCUGUCUUCUAUGGCCACUAUGUGUUCAUGCUCAAAUCACCCUCCAACCCUCCCAGCUAUUUCACUCCACUCUGUUCCACCCAAAUCAUCAUUUCGAACUUCACAGCCUCUACAAUCUCCUACCCAGCCAUUAUCUUCUUCUUCUUUAGCUAAGCAUGGUUUGGGUUUAGUCUCUGAGGACUCUGCAAUCAUUACAGCUGCAGCUGAAGCAGUAGCUCUUGCGAAUGCUGCCGUGGAGGCUGCUAGAGAUGCUGUUUUUUCAGCAUCAGUUUUGGUUGAGUUCUCCAUUGAAGGGCAAAAUGGCUGCCAAUAUGAGAUUGAUUGGUUAUCGGAGCUUCGGGAUAGGAAGCAUGCAUUGGGAACCCAAAAGAGGAAGAGGAGGAGGAAACGCAAAAAAGUGUCAGAAAUUUCGGAUGCGGCUAGCCAUGGAGGAAGGGAACGACGCUCAUCCAGGCCUUCACGUUCACAGUUUCUAACAAGUAGAGAAGAGGCUGAAUUUUCUUCACACCUCAGGGAGGGAGCAAGGCUAGAAGCAGCUAGAAGGAGAAUUGGAGAAAGAGGAGAUGGUGAACCAUCCACAUCACACUGGGCUCGAGCAGUAGGGAUGGAGAGAAGGGAUCUAGACAAGAUGCUCUGUGAAGAAAGAGAGUCCAGAGAAAGGAUCAUCUUAAGCUACCGGAGACUCAUUUCAUACAUAGCCAAAAACUACCAAGGCAAAGGGUUAAGCUUACAAGAUCUCAUUCAGGAGGGAAGCAUUGGACUUCUUCGAGGGGUAGAGAGGUUUGAUCCAGAAAAGGGAUAUAAGCUCUCAACAUAUGUUUACUGGUGGAUUAAACAAGCUGUUAUCAAGGCUAUAGCAAACAAGUCAAGAAUUAUCAGACUACCGGGGAGCAUGUCUGAGAUGCUUGCAAAGAUUGCAGAGGCCAAUACUGUCUUGAGCACAAGAUUACGGAGGUUGCCCACUUAUGAUGAGAUUGCAGACGUGGUCAACAUUAGUGUUUCAAGUGUAAGGCUCAUAUGUGAAAGAAACAGACCUCCAAUCUCUGCAGAGCGAACCUUGACCAACCAAGGCUCCUUGACACUACAGGAGAUCAUCUUGGGGCCAGAGGAAACAAGACCAGAAGUAAUGGUGAGUAAACAGCUAAUGAAGCAAGAUUUAGAGAAGCUCCUCAGGACACUUGAUGAAAGAGAAGCAUGUAUCUUGAGAUUGUACUUUGGUCUCAAUGGAGAGACGCCUCGAUCAUGUGAGGAGAUUGGAAGACUGAUAAACCUUUCUAGGGAGAGAGUUCGGCAGAUCAAUGGUAUUGCAUUAACAAAGUUACGGCAGAUGAGUACCAUUGACAACCUUAGAGUGUAUAUAAAGUAGGUCUUUUGUAUUUCAAACAAUUGUGUAAAGAAAGAAAGAAUAAGUAAACAAAUCCAAGUUAUAAAAUCCUA